AUGUUUAGCCGCGGUAACAGGAAUGCUGCCAGUGCCAACCAGGAUUACGAAAUCAUUUUGCCUCCUCUUCCAACUGGUCGUAUUGUUUUAAACACUGUAUUUUUCCAUGCGGAUGUUCGAGGAAGACCCUACCGAGUAGAAGACAUCCGAGAUGCUCUUGGGCGUUUGGCAAUGCUCCCUGACGUUGAAGCGUUAGGGGCAUACCAAAUGAACCACGUGUGGGCGGUCACGCUCAAGAAGACGGAGGCAAAGAAGAGACUGCUUUCUGCAACCGACGUUUCCGUGAAGGACCGCCGUUGCGUCGUUGUGGACCCGAACAACCAGGACGUUCGACUAAAGCUCCAUUGGGUGCUUCAUUACGUAGACGAUGAAGACAUACGGACUGCGCUUACACCCUACGGUAAGGUCACCGAAGUGGCAAGAGAGCGAUGGCGAACGGUAGGUUUAUCAGACAAAGGCUCUACAACGCGCAUUAUCAGCCUUCAACUCAAGGCAGGGUAUACCAAGGAAAACAUUUCACAUCAACUACGAGUAGCAGGAGACCGGACGUUGGUAGUAGUGGCCGGAAGAGCUCCACUCUGCCUACGGUGUAAAGGAACCGGUCAUAUACGACGCGAAUGUCGUGUCCCUCGGUGCGCACUGUGCAAACGCUUUGGCCACGCUGAGGAAGACUGCGUGAGGACUUACGCGAAGGUCACAGGGCGCUCUGCGUGGGACGAAAAUGCGGAGCUACAAAUGGAUGAAUUGGAAGCUGAGAAAGUUGCCACCAGCAAGACCGGAGAACCCGAGUCGGAGGAAACGCCCCCUUCGCUGCAGUCGCCCAAUGCAGACGAGAAACAGGAUAACGACAAGCAGGUUGUACAACCUGUACCGUCUCCUGUGACGACAACCAGUGCUUCCAGCAGCUCAGUGGAAAAAAUAUGA